GCGGGAGGAGUAAGGCGGCGGCCAUUAUGGAGGGCCGCCCAGCUGGCCGCCUGCGGGCUCCUGGCCAGCCCCUGGCCACCCCACACCCCCUGCACCCCUGCUUCCCUCCCCUGGCCACCCACCCGGCGGGCCACGGACCGGUCCACCACCAUCCGGCCCACCUGCAGCACCCGGGCCACGCCGGCCACGACCCACAUCCGGCUCCCAAUGGUGACCUGACGACGCGCCGUGAGGACGACCGCUCUCCCAAGUCGUCCAACUCUCACCUCUCACUGCUCUCUGCCUCCUUCCCCUGCAGCUUGACCUCGUCCAUCAACGACCUGACGAGCGAGGCGGCGGUGCUGGAGACGGCCAUCAAGAACAACGACACGUACCAGGUGAAGCGACUCCUCGAGCUGCACCACGACAAGUUCCAGAUCGACCUCCACGGCAGCAUCCUGGACAAAUGGUCUUGUGACACUGGCAGCCGCUGUGUCUCCCAGGACGUGGAGAUCCUGCUGAGGAAGUCCCAGACCCUUAUAGACAGCAGGUACGACCACCGCAGUGAGGGCAGCAGUGACAACACAGACAACACAGUGCCCGGGGUCUUCACCAAUGCCCUGCACCUGGCCGUGGACUACGGUGCCGCUGACGUGGUCAGACUCCUGCUGCGCUACGGUGUCGAGCCCAACCGUGGCGGGUUGGUCAGCAUGGGCGGCGGGUGUGGGGCACCUGUGGGCGGCGGCGGGUGUGUGGGGGCUGUGGUCGGGGGCUGUGUGGGCACCUUCCCCAGUGCCCGGGCACGCCUGUCGCCCCGUGCCUCGCCCACCAGCGUGCACAGUGCGCACAGUGCCGACAGGAGGAGUCUCAACACUGCGCACGGUUCCCUAAUGGGGUCUCCUUCGCCGCGCUGCUCUCCAAGGGCGUCUCCGCGCGGUUCCCCACGGGUAUCCCCGAGGGCGUCUCCCCGGGGCUCCCCCAGGGCAUCUCCCCGCUCGGGUUCUCCUCGUUCUAUCUCUUCUCGCCCGUCGUCUCCUCUGGCAGGGGGCGACAGGGGCAGCCCCAGGGCACCCUCGCCCAGGACGGCGUCUCCGCUACACUUCGUGCCCCCGCCCAUACCCUACUCUGAGCCAGAGGUGCGCCUCAGGCCUCACACCUUCCAACGCUACCAAAUGAUCCAACUCCAGCAGGCACAGCAGAGCGCACUCAUCGGAGACAUGGUGCGCAUGGAGGAGGAUCGUAACAAAGUGCGCGCGGCGAUGCGCACCCCAGAGUUGUCGAGGUCAGUUGCUGGCGGCGGCGGCGGCAGUGCUGGUCACAGUAGCUCCGCCAGUACUGGUCACAGUACCGGGUAUGGGUACGGGGCAGCCGACGACGGCCCAAACUGGCACCCUGGCAGUGCCCCGCCGCUCUUCACGCCCACAGGCGUCAAGAGAGACAGUAGGCUAGACUUUAACCUAGACGUUAGGACAGACGGCAGAAUAGACAGUAACAAGAAGCAACUAACCAAUGCCAAAUCUCACAAAAAUGGGACCAAUGUCACUGAAGACAAAUCUAGAAUAGCGUUAGUGAGUGACUUCGUGGCGUGGAGAAGCGCCCCCGCAGGGAACCACGACAAGACCAAGGACAAGACCAGGUCUCCUGCUGGCGUCGAGGGCAGGAGCAUCAUCAAGGACGACUCCAGGAGGGACAUCUUGAGGGAGCAGCGCGACAAGGACGAGAAGAUGAAGGAGGCGAGGAAGGAGACGACGACGACGAGGCGGGUGUCGUGGGUGCCGGGGGUGACUGACAACGCCGCCGCCACCAGAGACAAGCUCGCCUACAAGAGGAGACAUUCUGCUGUUGUCAAGUCCAGUGAGGUCACUUUCCAGCGCCAGAGGUCCUUCUCCCUUGACAGUCAACAGCAGGUGCGGCUGAGCAUGCCGGGCUCGGCAUCAUGGCUGGUGGUGCCGCGGACGGUCAUCUCCACAGAGAACAGCACCACGCGCCUGACGGAGCCGCGCGGGGAGCGGGACCGCUCAGAACCCCGCUACUUCACCUUCUCCGACGUGCACCCAUGUACCUGGGACACCCACGCCUCAGCCACCAGCGCCGCCGCCACCGCCAGCGGGCCCGCGCGGACCACCGCCGCCACCCGCGGUGCCGCAAGCGGUGACCCCGCCGCCUCCAGAUUCCUCGUCCUUAACCCCGACGUUGCGCGAGAGCGACUGAUAACCUACACGAGUAGUGAGGGCGCGAGGUUGACCUUCAGCGACCUGUACACCCGCGACUACCUCUACACACUGCCGGUGUUGUUCCUCGCCGCCGCACGCGGCAACUCCGCCAUCACCUACCUGCUCCUGAAGUACGGUGCGGCGCCUGCGGCCACCGACACCCUGGGCAACACCCCGCUACACCUCGCCGCAUGUCAGAUGAACGUCGCCUGGGAGAGUGUACUCGACCUGCUCGAGUUCGGUGCCCCGAUAUCCCGCGCUAAUAGUGCGGGCAACAGGGCGCUCGACCUGCAGCCUGCACUGGUCAGGCUGCAGGAACAGUUGGUGUUGGACUGCUUCAGCACGUUCGAGCCCCCAGCCAGGCCGGAGCCGGAUCCGGUGACGUCCUCGACCCGCGACCUGGCAUCCGGCCCCGUCCGGCAGUCUUCCAACCUGCUCCGUCGCCUCCAGGGUGUGGCCAGCAGGGACAAGGGUGGCCCGGGUGUGGCCCCCUCCAGCAGCCUGCGGGGGCGGGCCACGGGGGCCCGGGCCGGGGCCCUCAGGGGGGACAAGGACGAGGACAACAGCGGGUCGUCGUCCGAGGCCGCGGCCCACCUCCAGGCGUCAGGCAGUGUGAGGAGCAGAGGGCCAGCCUCGACCCCCGGCCCGGGAAGUGACUACCGCAGUAAGGAGCUGACGUGGGAGACACUGAGCCACUUGGGCACCCGCAGGAGGAUCCGCCAACUUCACGAGGAGGGCAUGGACUCUGAGGACGGUGGUAAGACGACGGUGGCCGAGGCGGAGAGGAGCAUAGGGCUGCUGAAGCGGCUCUCCGCCAGUCCGGAGUGUUUGGGCUUCAUCGCCAAGAACCUGCUGGCCUCCGCCGCCAACAUCAUAGACUUCUACGAGCGGUGUAACGAGAGCCACCUCCACACCUGCUUCAGUUCCCUCCUCCACAGUGUGCUCAAGAACAUUCUGGAAGUUCUCUGCGGCAGCGGCAGCAGCGAGUCCAGCAGUACCGACGGGGCUGCGGCAGCCGCACCGUCCCUUGCGGGUUCAAGUACGGGGCGGCGGGAGGCGGCCGCAGCCAUGUGUCUGAUGGUGCGGCUGUGUGCGGCCCUCCUGGCGGGGGUCCAGGAGCUACAGUUCACCUCCAUGACCACAUUGAACAAGAUCAUCGACGCCGCUGUCGUUCACCGCAUCGGCGACCUGGUGAUUGACCCGGACAACCAUCUUCUGCCCCCGGGCUCCGACAGGAAGGUGAAGAGGGCGGUGCCAGGGUGCCGCCUGGCCCGGCAGAACAGUCGUGCGGGCAGUGUGGGCAGCGGGGAGGGCAGCUCCAGCACCAUGGGCACCCCUGACACCGUCCCUGGCAGGGGCGGCCUCACCCACUACGGCCAGUGGCUGCUCCUGUGGCGCUACCACAGCACCUCUACCGACGCCGCCGCCCACACCGACGCCGCCCACACCGACGCCGCCCACCACAACACCACCAUUAUCGGGACGCUGGCCAACAUAUCCGCGGUCUCCAUACUGAACGUGAUGCACAACGCCAUAACUCUCCACAAGCGGACAGUGGGAGCCAAGCAGCAGUGCCAACCCAGCCAGAGGCUCCGCCAGUGCCGCUCCCACUGCCUGCAGAUCCUCAGUUCUAGAGUAUUGCUGUUCAUGACCCACUGUCCGGCCAUCCAAUCACAACUGGUGGAGGAGAACCGCCUCCGCUCAUUGGUCGCCGCCCUCGACACCACCCACGACCCGCAACUGCUGUGCUCGGUGCUGCAGGUGGUGGCGACGUUGGGGCUCAACCCGCACUACCACCAGGCGCUCCUGGCCGCCAAGGUGCCCGACGCCCUCACGCAGCUCAUCCUGCCCUCCGACGAGUGGUUCUACACCAACCACUCCACCAGACACGCCCGCUACGUCAAGCACCACGCCGCCCGCACCCUCGUCUACCUCGGCCUCCAGCACCGCGUCAACCACAGGGUCAAUGUCUACGAUCUCCUCCUGGACGAGGCGCCGCCGCCGACCCCGCUAGGAGAGAGCUCUGAGGACGACUAUAUCAUGAUGACCUCAGCCCCGCCGCCCGUCGUCACCACCCAUGAUAACAAGAAGGUCCUCGGCAUGACGGUAGAGGGCAUGGUGCUCCACACGCUCAAGAGCCUUGAGACAGCGGCGGCGGCAUCAUCGUCAUCAGGAGGAGCAGCGUCGUCGUCAGGAGGGGCGGCGUCCCCCACCAGUGAGUGCCGGAGUGCCACACCCAUGGAGUGGCUGCCUGAACCCCCCGAGGCCGCCAGAGGUGUAGGUGGACGAGGCGGGAAGCGUGUGUCUGGGCGAGACGACGGGCCGAUGGGCCGGCGAUUUCUGUCCUGCCUCAUGCUGGGCCUGCCUCUUGUUCUCCAUCCCGUCAUCUUCCUGCGCCUCCUCCUCCACCGCCUCCUCACCUCCAUGCACCACCUCACCAAGUGGAAGUCGUGCACCUCCCGCUCCUCCUGGACUUCCUAUUCCUCUGAGGUCUUUCGCGCGCGGUCGCGCACCUCCUCGUCAGAGACCGACGCCUCCACACUCCGCAAGAGACGACGGGUCAACCUCACCCUGGACUUCGCGGAAGCCUGCCCCGAGGAGCCGGCGCCCCCGGAGCAUGUGGAGAGGAGCCGGGUGUCCCCUGCAGUGCUUCGUGCCAACAGUGAAGAGGCGCCAUCCAAACACCACCACAGGAAGGCGUCCACGCCAGGGAGCGCACUGUCGGGGCCUGGAUCAGGGCGGAGGCUCAGGGACACCCUGGCGGCCAUCAGCACCAACGACGUGAGCGUCACGCUGCAGCAGCUCCUGCCCUCGCGUCUGAGGGCCGCGGACUCCCACAACUCCAUCAGCAGCUCCUCCAAGGGCACGACGCCCUCUGGCUCGCCCUCGUUCUUCCAGAAGAGGAGCUUCAGGUUCUCGAGCCUGCAUAAGAAGAGGUCCAAGUCGGUCCACGACCAGAUCAACUCCUCCGGGUCGACGCCCAACAUCGCCCAGUCCCGCGACGACCUGACGCUCUGCGAGGAGGACAUCGUGGCAUUCCAGCGGCAGCUGCAGAACCUGCCGUCGUACGAGCGCCUCGACGACCAGGACCUGCCGCCGACGCCACCGCCCUUCAGGCAGCGCUCGCGCUCGGUGCCGCGCGUCACCUUCGAGAGCAUGUCCACGCUGCUGGUGCCUCGACCCACGCCCAUCGGCCGCUCGCCCACGGCCACCUCGGAGCUCCAUACUGGCUUGCUGUCGGCCCAGCUCACUCUCCCGCCCAGCCCCCACCUCUCCCCCACCACACACCUCUCCCCACACCACUUCGCCUCCCCCCUCCUCUCGCCCUCACACUCCGCCCACAACAUCGCCGCCUCCACGCCCCUACACUCCCCAGGGAUAGGUUCCCCCAGGAACUUGGGCUCCCCGGCCUCCUCACACGUCUCCCCGGUCUCCCAGAGACCCAAUUCCCCCUUUCUGUCUCCUGGUUCGCCCUAUUCCCCCCACUCCAUCCCCUCCCCACGCCUGCGAUCGCCGGCGCUCUCCCCCAUCGCGCCCCCCACCAACUAUGCCGCCGUGGCGGGCAUGGAGGAGGCGCUGCCGCUCUCCGCCCUGCCCUCCUGCCUGCAGGCACGUGGCGGCGGUGGCGGCGAAGACCUGCGGGGGUCGUCACGCUCCAGCUCCGUCACCCCAACACGCUACCGCAGGUUCGACUCGCCGGUGUACAUUGUGGUCGACAUCCCUGCUGUGCACCGGGCUGUGCUGCUCUGUGUUGAGGAGUGGCUACAGUGCGGAGGGGUGCAGGUGGAGGGCAAUCCUACAGUAGCCAAAGAACUGAGUGAGUUCCUGGCCCGGGUCGGCCAGUGUGGGGCGCCCUACCAACAGUGGUGCGACGACCUCCGGGCCCAGUGGAACAUUGCCGAGCUUGAGGGCAGCGAGGCGGAGCAGGACAGUGUUGAGCGGAUCAAUAAGGACUACUUGAGCCUGCAGGAGCUGGUGGUGAGCGGAGAGUUAGCGUGCAGCAAGGAGGAGGCGGCGUCGCUCGCCUGCAUACAGCUCCGUAUUGAAGAGACGUGGGCGCCUCCAGACCCGCCCACCUCCGCCCACAACCUGGCCCCGUCCUCCCUCCACGCCCACACCCUGACGCCCGCACCCACGCCCACCCACCCACCCACCCCCACCCACCUGAGCCUCACAGCUCCGUCCCCCGCCCGCGACCAUACCUUCACCUUCAGUCUAGCCAACAGUGACUCUAGCACAACCGCUACCACAACCCACCUCACAACCAGCCACCACCUGCACCUCCCCCACCUGCACCACCACCCACCCUCACCCACAACCUUCCUGCCCACACCCACAGCCAACCAUGGGAGUCAUCUGUCAGCCCCACACUCGCACCACAACGGCAAGGAGUGCUUUGGUCGGGCCACGUGUGUAGCGGGGCAGGUGUGGGCAAGUGUGUCGCACAUGUGCCUGGCGCGGGCCGUCUGCCUCCUGGGACACGUGAAGGAUAGCGUGAAGCAGCAGGACGGGGUGGAGCUGACUGUGCCGUCGCUCGACGCCCACCGCCGCCACUCCUUCCUCCACCAGCACCACCAGGAUGACGACGACGACGACUUCUCCACCACUACCAGCACCACGGGCGGCGCAGGUGGGCUGUGGGCGGCCAGUGUGGGCGGCUCCUCGGGUAAGCGGCCCCAGGCCAUACCCGCCUCGGAGAGCUUCAUGGGCGUCCCCGGCCACCUGUUUCGUGGGUGUUACGGCGCCCUCGACCCCCACAAGAAGGGCGGCCAGCCCGCCCUCGCUCUCCAGCGGUGUCUCCCGCCGCCAUAUUGGCGAGGCAAGAAUAUGGCCAGACUCAUCAAGGAGCAGAAGAGGAAGUUGUUCCACACGCCGCUGUACGACUCUGAGGUGGCGUUGAAGAAGCUGUACAUCCAGACGGUGCGGCGUCUCCCUUCCUUCGCCUGCAACCUCCACCACGUCAAGGAGCUCCUCCGGGGCAAGACCAAGAAGAAGGCAUCGCGGCUGCUGGGAAUUGGCGCCAACAAUAUCGUCUUGCUGGACACCAAGACCAAAAUACUCGCCAAGGCCCAGAGCACCCAUGACCUUCUGCAGUGGCGAACUGGUGGCGGGAGAUCCCAUGACCGACUGGUGCUGGAGUUUCGUGGUACCAACUGGAUAUUCAGUGUGGUCUCCAGCAACAGUAUGACUGACCUGGGACGGGCUCUCUGGUCUAUCCUGCAGACUGAGGACCCACUUCCCUUUGCCACCCCAGACCAGGCACAACUUGCCUCCCACAGGACAGGUUCGGAGCUGGUACGACAUGGAACAGGGAUGGGAAUGCUGUACUCGGAUGAGCUUGAGGGCCUGCAGAAGCUCCUCCACUUCCCCGAGGAAGUGGCACUGAAGUUGACAGAGGUAGAAUAUGAGCUCUAUUACAGAGUCCCACCAAUUGCUUACAUCCGUCACAUUACCAGUGACCUGCGGCCUCGAUCCAGGGUCCACCAAUUCUCUAGCUCAACCACUGCUGCUGUAGCCCAUCUCACCAAGAGGUUCAAGGAGGUUUCAUCAUGGAUAACACACGUCAUUGUAUCCCAGCCAACCCACGAGGACAGGAAGGCAGUGUUGUCUUGCAUCUUGCGGGUUGCUCUCUCCUGUUGGAACAUGGCGAAUUUCAAUGGUGCCAUGGAGAUUAUCACUGGCCUCAAAUCAGUAAAGCUGAAGCCAUUCUGGUUGAGCUUGGAAAAUGAACAUCUUCCAGUCUUGGACUUCCUGACUGGGGUACUCCUUGGGGAGAGUCGUACCGAGUAUGAGGCUGCCUUAGACCGUGCACUGAUGCUGCCCGAAUGUCGUGUCAUCCCUUUCUUUGGUUGCUUUCUCAGGGACCUCACCAAGAUCCUGCAGUCAACUUCGUCAUUGGUUGUGUUAGCUGAAGAUGGUCAAGAGGUUGAGUUUAUUUCUGACUACUGUGGAGAAGACAGUUUCUUCACUCGGAUAGGGCCCGGUGGACUGAUCAACAUGAACAAAGUUUACGAGGCUCAGGUAGUGGUGGGGAGAAUAGCAACGUUUCAUCAGCAUUAUGUUGCUCGUUCAAAUCACCUGGCGCAAGCUAUGCUAAAGGACUCUUUCAGUAUGGUAAGCAGUGGAGUGGAGGACAAUGCUAAUGGAGGAGAGAUGGAGGAUUACAGUCCCGUGCAGCUGCUGAGCAAUGAUCAUGGUGUGACACUCAUUCCAUUACCUAAAUCCACAGUGGGUCUCGACCUGCACACACUACAGAUCCUGCAUCAUGGCACAACAGUUGUUCACUGGGACCCUGAGUGUGGACGCAGUUGUUUGGUGUACCUCCGACUGGAGCGCAGUAAUGGAACACUCACAUGGUGCCGCCCACCUUGGUCCGCCUUGAGAGCAGGGCAUUCAUCAUCUCAGCCAGAUUAUGUUUUGAGUGCUAAUCCAGAAGAUGUGGUUUCUCCAGGGCUCUUACUAAUGUACUCAACAUCUCCUGAACUUAGUGGAGGCACUCCUGAAGAGGGUUUUGUGCAGAUUGCUUGUCUGAAAGAGGUUGAACCUGGUGUUCGAGAAGCUAACUUCUCUGCUGUUGCUAGAAGGUACUUUCUGGAAAAUCCACCUGCACCGGAGCAUUGUGUUACUCUAAUAUAUGGAGCCAAUCUUGCUGACAACCGCAUGCUGAUAUUGGUAGCUCCACCUUCUGUUGCUCAACUUUGGUGUCAAGGAUUGCAAGUGCUAGUACGUGCUCAAAGACGGAUGGCAAGUGUGAGCGAUAAACGACUUUAUUGGCUGAAAGAGCAAUAUCUUAAGCUGUACUUUGAGGAUGAAGCCUGUAGUGGUCCCAAACCGGCUGAAGCAAUUAAGAUUUUUGGUGGGAGAAAUUGGGUUACAUCUACUGCUGGUAGCAUGUCUCCACAAGACCCGGGAGCAGCAAAAAGAGGCUCAGGCUCAACUAGAUUAAGAAAACUGAAGUCUCAGGCAACUAUCAAUGUUGCAAAGCAGGAUGGUACAAAACCUUCUGAUGAAAUUAGAGUAGCACAAUCUCCAGCACUUUCAACUACCAGUCGUCGUACAAUUAUUCCUCCUGUUCAUCCAUCUCCACCUCGCUCACGAUCCUGUGAAACUACUUCUGAACAUUUGAUUGGACCAGUUACACAUGCACCUCUUCUCCAUUCUCCAGCCAUUCCUAGAGCUUCAUAUGAUCCUGCUACUGGUUUACCAUCGCCUCCACAGCAAACUAUUGGAUAUAGAGAGCGUAGUCGAUCUAGUGGAGGUGGAGAAUUCAUGACCCUUGCGCCUCGAGGAUUCCGGGGCGAGUCUAUUACACAGGCGGCAGAACUGGACUUCACUGACUUUGUGGUGCUUUACAAAUCUUUUAGCUUACGAGCACGAAAGGACCUUAGAGAUGUAUUCAAAACAUUAGCUGUGACACGUAAAAGUCUCUCGGAUAGUUCUCUUGAAGAUCCAUCAAGCCCAACAUCACCUCCAAGUCCUGGUCACAGGACUCCUCUUGCAAAACCUACACUUGGCCUCCUCACCAGGAAUACCUCAUUAGAUCUUCUAGUCUUUAGAAAUAAUUGCCAAAAGAAAAAGAUUUUUGAUGCCAUUGCAGCAGCAAGUAUUGUCACCAAUUGUGCUGGUGUGGAAAGCUCAAAAAGCCAGGUUAUUACUAUGCUAGAACUGCGAAGGUUCCUUGAAGAGCAUCAGGGAGAAUCUCGUAGUGAGGAGGAACUACGAAUCCUGCUGGAUAGGCAUGAACCUGAUCCAACUUUGAGAUCACAGGAGCUUAUGUCUUUUGAAGGAUUUGCAAGAUACAUGAUGGAUGAAGAUAAUUAUGCCUUUCUUGAUGAGCGCAUACUGCCUGAUGAUGAUGACAUGACAAUGCCUAUGUCAAACUAUUACAUUGCUUCUUCACACAAUACUUAUCUAACUGGUCAUCAACUAAAAGGAGAAUCUUCAGUUGAAUUAUACAGCCAGGUACUUUUAACAGGGUGCCGCUGUGUUGAGCUUGAUUGUUGGGAUGGUGAUGACGGCACUCCAAUGAUAUACCACGGUCACACUUUCACAACAAAAAUCCCCUUCAGGAGUGUUGUGGAGACCAUAAAUCGCAGUGCCUUUGUCACUUCUCCUUACCCAAUCAUUCUCUCUAUUGAGAAUCACUGUUCACUAAUUCAACAAACAAGAAUGGCACAAAUCUUCAUGCAAGUCUUUGGGGACAAAUUAGUAACCAAAUUCCUAUUCGAGUCAGAUUUUUCUGACGAUGUUCAUCUUCCUAGCCCCUCGCAACUCAAGUAUCGGAUCUUGAUCAAGGUAAGAUGAUACAAUGAAAAAUAC